AUGUCGGACUGCCUCAACGGGGAGGAAAUCUUGCCAGCUUGCGACUUGUGCCAUUCCAGAAAGGUGAAAUGCGAUAGACGAAGCAUUUGCGCUAAUUGCAUGGAUGUUGGGGUUGAAUGCCGACGUCUACGCUCGGGGAGAUCGUCUAGAAAGAGACCGCUCUCAGGGACUUUGAACCGAGACGAGAAAGUGCUAAACUUGGAAAUGUUGACGAGUCCGUCGAAUAGGGGAGAUCAUCGCAAUCAAGUACUUCACACAAAUGGUGAAGUGGAACAACCACCCCCAAGGCGCCAGCGAAUGGAUGGUCAUGGUCAUGGUCAAUGGGGAAUCACUCCAGAAAGUAAUCCUACACCAGGCGCCGAUGCUGAUGGCUCCAACUACCAUGCUAUCCAAGCAAAAUCCGUCAUAGAGCUGGAGCUUGGCGAUUGCAGGCAUAUCAGCAAGGGGCAGCAGUCCAUCCUGAGCUCGGCACUCCAACUAGUCAGCCAACUCGCAGAGAAAGAGUCCGUGGAGUCCGGGGAAAAUGAAGGCGAUAUUCUCGUCGAAGAUCCCUCUGUGACCAUCCCGGAGAGUCCGCCUCCGGAGCUGUUGUUCUUGCUCCUCCGAUUUCCAUCAGGUAAAUCGGAUAUUCGAUGGCCUGAUCAUAUAUCCAACAAAACCUUUGAGAGAAUGGCAACAGCACUAAUCAAGGGAGAUUGCCGUGGUCGGUUGUUCCAUCAGUAUUCUGUCUGCAUUUACGUAAAAGCAAUUUGCUAUGUAUUCCAACUUUCAAGAGUCGCCGCCAAUGCGACAGUCAAAGGGCAAUUGUUCCAAUCGAGGAAGGCCUACACAGCUGCCGCUCUUCGAAGCAUCAAACAGUUCGAUAUUCUAGCACCACCGAGCCUGUCAGCUAUACAGUCCUUGAUAUCGGGUUCAUUACUGAUGCAACAACUCGGGGAUAUCAACAUCUGCUGGAUCCUGAAUUCAUAUGCCGCUCGUCAAAUUGCGGCUCUUGGUUAUCAGAAGGUUGGAAAUGUAUCAAGUCGCUCCGAAGCCCAACAGGAAAUACAUAGUGCGGUGUAUUGGUGCUACUACAUAGACAGGACUCUCAGCGCACUGCUCCUUCGCUCCCCAUCCUUUCCGGAAAUGGCAGUCUCUGCCACGGAGCUUAUCAGCACAGACAGCCCAUCGCCAUAUGACCCCUUGAUCCGAAUACUUCUCGAUGCUGCACAAAUCCAAGGGCAGCUGCUCGCAUUGCAGUCGCAAACAGCACCAGUUUCUCACCAUCAUGUCCUUGACGAAUGUCGUCUUUUGCGCGAGAAGAUGGAGGAUAUAUAUCCCCGUUUACAAUCCAGCCGCAAUCUAGCCCCCGAGAGUAUUCAUCAGGACUGGAUAGCUGCCGAAUUCUGCUACUAUGCCAUAAUGGUGGAUAUCCACCGCACUCGCCUGCGAUGCUCGUUCACGCCCCUCGUCCAUAAGGAAUGUCUAGCUUGCGCGCGACGAUCACUCGAGGCACUUCGAUUUCUUCUCCAGCAUCCAGGAGGGAUGCCGGGGUUUGACGAUCCCUACCCGACAUUUCUGACCUGGACCCUGUUUCUGUACCCCCUCACUCCUUUCUUUGUUCUUUUCUGCCAUAUCAUCGGCUCAUUAGAUCAACAUGAUUUUGAUCUCACUCAGGAUAUCACCAAAUCCUUAUCACGCUUCAAGAAACAUCCACAUUUGGAUAAGGUCCUCAGACUAUUGACAUCCCUCGAGCACCUUUGCGAGCCAUUGUUCCAGGGACGAGAGGAAGCAUCUGCCCAGACUUUACCUUUGGCGUUUUCUGUGCCUGAAGCUAACAAUACCGGCGAGGCCCUUCCGUCAGCAGUCAACCCAAUGAUGGGGGAGUUCGGUACCGAUGACGCAGAUCCUAGGAAUCCAGCUAUGGCACAUGCCGAGCUGGGACCAUCCGCCGAUUGGCUUACGUGGCAGAUGUUUGACAGUCAGUUGCCAUCGGGGUGGUUGAAUGUGGAUCUAGGCCUGUAUGGCCUUAAUGGAUAG